AUGCUUUCGAAGUACAAGCCAUGGAUCAACCCUCAUUUAGUUGAAAAAGUAAUAUUACAAAAUACAGAUUCCGCUAUUAAAAUGUUGACACAAAUAAGAUAUCGAUCUGAUGAUUACCAAUAUAUUCAGAACAGUAUUAUACCUACAAUGCAUUUUCAACGAUCUUUACCAAGACUUCCAGUUCCAGAAUUAAAAUCAACUUGUCAACGUUACCUUAAAGCACAACUACCUUUACUUUCCGAAAAUGAUUAUUUAAGAACUAAAGAUGUUGUAGAAAACUUUGUACAAAAUGAUGGACCUUUAUUACAAGAAAUGUUAAAAAAAAAAAAUAACUUAAACAAAGACACCAGUUAUAUUACUAAAGAUUGGUUUAAUAUGUAUUUGUCCGAAAGAACCCCAUUACCAAUUAAUUACAAUCCAUUAUUGGUGUUUAAACAACUCGAUAAUGCAUAUAAUAACCAAUUACUAAGAUCUACUAAUUUGUUGAUAUCAUCACUAAGAUUUUACAAGUCAUUAAAUGCAAAUAUAUUAGAACCAGAAAUUUUUCAUAUCAGUCCAAAGAAAAGUGAUACAAUCCAAUUUAGAAAAUUAAUGAAGUAUCUUCCAGAAUCAAUUAGUUGGUAUGGAGCCUACAUGUAUAAUGCUUAUCCUUUAGAUAUGUCUCAGUAUACUUCUUUAUUUAAUAAUACUCGAAUUCCAAUGACUAAUCAAGAUGUCUUACACAAUAAUACAUCUGGAAAACAUAUUGUUGUUAUGAGGCGAGGACAUUUUUAUAAAUUUGAUGUUCUGGAUGAUCAAGGUAAUAUAUUAGAACCUCAGUUGUUAUUAUCCAAAAUUCAAUAUAUUUUGAAUGAUGACAUUGCUCCAUCUAAUCAUCCAAUCGGGAUUUUAACAACCACUGAACGUAAUAAUUGGGCUGAUUUAAGAAAUCAUCUUAUCAAGUUAGGAAAUGAAGAGUCUUUGCGUAUAAUAGAUGAUAGUCUAAUUAUGAUUGCUCUUGAUGAUGAAAAACCGGGUUCAGAUCCAAUAUCUUGUGUUAAGCAAUUUCUACAUUCUGACGGAAUCAACAGGUGGUUUGACAAGUCAUUUACAUUAAUAGUAUGUGCUGAUGGAACAUCAGGAUUAAAUUUUGAGCAUUCAUGGGGCGAUGGAGUUGCUGUGUUGAGAUAUUUUCAAGAUAUUUCUAAGGAUACUACAGACUUUCCAAGAUGUCAUCCAGAAAAUUUAAAUCAAGUAUUGGUAUCACCAGAUACAUUAGGUGUGAAGAAAUUAGGUAAAUAA